GGAGGGGAGGAGUGACUCACAAGUCACUAGCACAAGCAGCGAGUAAAAUCUGUUCAAUGACUCACAGUCAAACUGUGCAAGCCCGUCCACUCCGCAGUGCUCUCUGGAUAGUACUCAGCACAGUUCAUUUAGACAGCGACAGCAGCUACCUGUCCACCACCGCGCAUCGUUCGCAAAAAGGUCCCGAAAACUGCGACUGGAGCGCGUGGACUAAAUUGUCUUUGCUGCGGAGACUGUAGGACACAAUUACAACUAUAACUCAUGAAGAAAUGAAGAAACGCACGAGGAUAAAUUAAUUGAUAUGAUAACACACUAACAAUGCAGAAUAUUUUUUCCCGAUACAUGACUAAUUCUUUUUUAAAUAUUCAAUACUUACUCGUCUGUAUUUCUUUUCCAAAACACAAAUAAAAACGCAGGAUGAGAACCCUGAUGUUAAUGGUUUUACUUGGAGCGAUGGAGGUCCUGGCGGCUCAGAGCGACUGUGAGUCGGGCCAGCACACCAGCGACGGGGAGUGCUGCUUGCAGUGCCAGCCUGGAGAGGGCGUGGUCCAGAAGUGCGGAGCCAAGCAGACGGUCUGCGCCCAGUGCCUGGACAGCGAGACGUUCUCCGAGAACUACAGCCACACGGAGGUGUGCCAGCCCUGCACGCAGUGCACGGGCCUCUUCCGCAUGCUGACGCCCUGCACGGACUCCAACGACGCCGUGUGUGUGUGCGACUACGGCUACUACCUGAGCAGCCUGACGGGGCACUGCCGGGCCUGCACGGCCUGCCCGCUGGGCCACGGGGUGGUGGAGGGCUGCGCCGGGGAGCACGACACCGUCUGCGACGAGUGCCUGGACGACACCUACUCGGACCAGGAGAGCUCGCUCGACCCCUGCCUGCCCUGCAGCAUCUGCGAGGAGGGCGUGGAGCUGGAGAUGCGGCCCUGCUCGCCCAUCAACGACGCCAUCUGCCGCGACCCAACCCUUCCUUCAGCCUCCCCUUCUCCCUCCGACUCCCCGUUCCCCUUCACGGAAGGUUCCAGGCCCGAGUUCGCCCACAGCCCCGCCCCUACGGAGAGCGGCACCACGGCCAGCUCCACCAAGGUGCUCACCCACGGCUUCAACGAGAACCUCAUCCCCAUCUACUGCUCCAUCCUGGCCGCCGUGGUGGUGGGGCUGCUGGCCUACAUCAUUUUUAAGAGGUGGAACAGCUGCAAGCAGAACAAGCAGGCUGCCAACAACCGCACGGUGAACCAGACGCCGUCGCCCGAAGGGGAGAAGCUGCACAGCGACAGCGGCAUCUCCGUGGACAGCCAGAGCCUGCAGGAGCAGCAGCAACAGCAGCAGCAGCAGCAGCAGCAGGGCCAGCAGACACAGGCGCAGGCUCCUGCGCAGACAGUGGUGAGGAUGGACGGGGGCCCCAGCUCGACUCUGCCCCCGCACAAGUGCGAGGAGGUGGAGCGGCUGCUGAACGGAGGGGGCGGGGCGGUGGAGCAGGAGGAGGGCCGGAGUUGGUGCAGCCUGGCGGGGCUGCUGGGCUACGAGGAGGAGCACAUCGCCUCCUUCCAGCAGGAGGAGCACCCCGUGAGGGCGCUGCUCUCCGACUGGGCGAGCAAGGACUGCGCCAGCGUGGACGCGCUCUGCACCGCCCUGCGCAAGAUCAACCGCGACGACAUCGCCCGCAGCCUCGCCCCCCUCCAGCCCCAGCCCCACGGCGACCCCACCGCCACCUCCGCCGUCUGACGUCCCUAAGCCCCGCCCCUGACCCCGCCCCGAACCACACUUAUAACCCCGUCCCUCCACUACAGCCUCCACUGUGCGACGCCUCGGAGUGGCGAGUCGAGUUUGUUCUCAAAAUGGAGGACUGGCUCCUCCUGAAGGACUAUGAAGAGGACCCCUGCCUGC